AUGGAGCAUGAAAAAGGCGCAUUCGGUGGACUUUCAACCUCUCUGAAGGCUGAACUCGAGCCACAGCAUGCUGACCUCCUACUUUUCGCUUGUUGUUUGACAUCAGGACUUGUGGAUAGCACGAUAUACAGAGCCUACAACACAUUUGUCUCUAUGCAAACAGGAAAUACCAUCUUCGUCGGACUGGGUGCCUCACACCAAAACCUCCGUCCAUAUGGCUGGGCACGCUCUCUCACCUCUAUCGGAUGUUUUAUCCUAGGAUCCUUCAUUUUCGCACGAUUACACCGCGUCCUAGGUCCUCGGCGACGAGUGUCGUUGAUAUUGUCUUUCCUGUUACAGGCCAGUAUAAUCCUGCUUACGGCUGGACUAGUUCAAGGAGGUGCCGUUUCUAGUACACUAGCCGGCAAAGGAUCACAGACAGCACCCCCAUGGGACCAGGAAGUCCCGAUCGUUCUUCUUAGUAUCCAGGCUGCCGGUCAGAUCGUAGCGAGUCGUGCCUUGGGAUACAAUGAGAUCCCGACCGUGGUGAUUACCAGUCUUCUCUGCGAUCUUAUGUCGGACCCCCAACUGUUUCUUAUCAGGAAUGUGAAACGCGACCGACGAAUUAUUGCGUUUGUACUAACCCUUGUGGGCGCCAUCGUUGGCGGAUGGGUCACCAAAGUCACCGGGGGUGUUGCUCCCAUUCUCUGGCUAUCGGCCGGUAUCAAGGGCUUGCUGGUCUUAGCCUGGGCCUUUUGGAAAGCUAAGUAG